AUGUCGACGAACAAAAUAAGAGUGAUCCGACUCGCCCACGUCGCCUAUCAACAUCCAGAUCUUGACCGAGCACUUCAAUUUCUGUUCGACUUUGGGUUCGUGGAGGAGCACCGGACGGAUACCCGAGUUUACUUGCGCGGAUAUGGCUCACAACCUUUCAUCUAUGUCGCCGAACAGUCACCCGAUUCGAAGAGACAUUUUGUAGGUGGGUUUUGGGUUGUCGACAGCGAAGAAGAAUUGAAGAAGGCCGCGUCGAAGCCCAACGCUUCAUCCAUUCAGGACAUCGACGGUCCCGGUGGGGGUAAGUGUGUCACGGUCGACGACCCCCAUGGCCACAAGGUCGGCUUUGUGUAUGGCCAGACACUGAGAAAGGCCGAUCGCCCGCCACCUCUGGAGAAGACGAAGCCCGUGUUCAACGGGGCCGCAGAGAAACCUAGACGAGGAGCCUGGCGCAGAUUCCAGCAAGGUCCCUGUCCCGUUCACAAGCUCGGACAUUACGGACUCGUCGUCCCUGCAAGCAAAUUCGAUGAAUUGAGGGAUUGGUACACCAGUCUCAUGAACAUCAAGGCUACUGACGCCGUCUUCAAUCCAAUGACAGGGAAAGAUCAGACCUGUUUUUUGCAUGUCGAUCUCGGCUCUGAAUAUACCGAUCAUCAUAGUAUAUUUUUCGCCGCUGGUCCCGAAGAGGCACCUGUUCACGUCCACCAUUCCAGUUACGAGGUGGACGACUUUGACACCCAAACCCUUGGCCACGACUGGCUUCGAGGCAAAGGAUGGACGAAUUGUUGGGGCAUAGGUCGCCAUGUUCUCGGUAGUCAAAUUUUUGAUUAUUGGUUCGAUGGCUCAGGAAAUAUCGUCGAGCAUUACUCCGACGGUGACCUGGUGAAUGAGGAUACUCCCAUGACGAGAAACGCCGCUGCUGCCGACACGCUGCACGUCUGGGGACCAAACAUUCCGUUGGCAUUUGUGACCGGUCGAAUCGAGGAUGCGGGCAAAGAAAUGCCGAUGCCACCAGAUGUGAUGGAAGGCAAACCAGCGCAACUACCUAAACCUGUUGUGGCUGCUUGAAAGCCACUGAUACAUCCCACCAACUAGGCCGUGUGUAUACGCCUAGGGUGCUCUGUGUAUGCAUGACAGUAAAAUAACAGGUCUUCCAGGCACGUAUGUUCGUUGUCUGAUCGAGAUAUACACAAAGCACACGCUUGGAACUACUAUAUACAUACUAUUCCUUGGUAUAUUAAUAAUCUAUAUGCG